GUGUAAAAUAAAUGGAUCGAAGAGGACGCCUGUGGAAGGCAAGCGUCGACAUUUGUAACCUUUAAAGCAGCGACUUCCAGGGUCAUUUAAUCAGAUUCAUCUUGAACAAAUGUAAAGGCUCAGGAAGGCCCUGGCAGACUCGGCGGCGCCAGGUCUUCACACGCUCACAGGAUAUGUAAAGACUUCAAUAACGAGCCAUUAUCCCCCAAUCAUCGCGAUCGAUCGGGCGUUAACAAGGGGGCUCCACAUAUGCAAAUGGCUGCAAGUGGCCCGGGCGGCUUUAAAAGCUUGGCUGAGGGCCGGGGAGCUUGACACAGCGCUCUCCUUUUCCCCCCUCUUGACGUCCGGUGGAUUUACAGGUCACCGAGCAGCGCCGCGGACAUGGUGAAGUACUUCUCCGCCGACUGGCUGGCGCAGAGCCACCACCGCAGAGACGCGGCGCAGGAGGUGCAGGGGUCCUGCCCGGCGAGCAGACCCCACGUCCCCUGCAUGGUGCAGCCGAGCGCGCCGACGUUUGGCAAAGGUUACCUGCAGCCGAAACCCAAGCCGUCAAGGGCCGCUAAGCAGACAGAGCCAGACGAGAUCGGGGGACAGCAGAACUCCGGCGCGGGCUCGCCUUUGCAUCCGGCAGGCUGCUUAUCGCCAAUUUCAGAAGUCAGCGGCUAUUCCUCCGGGUACGAGAGCGAAGCCGCAUCCUCCGAGUGUGCCUCCGUGGAAGAGGUGAGCGAGGCGGAGAAAGACGCGCCGCAGCGCCGAGUGCGCACAAAGUUCACCCCCGAGCAGAUCGGCAAGCUGGAGAAGAUCUUCAGCAAGCACAAGUACCUGGAUGCGGGGGAAAGGGUGAAGACGGCGCACAAGCUGAACCUCACAGAAACGCAGGUCAGGACGUGGUUCCAGAACAGGCGGAUGAAGCUGAAACGAGAGGUCCAGGACUACCUCGCCCCCCAGAUCCCGUCGGUGACCUUCCAGCCUCUGCACCCGGCUCAGUACCACACCGUGGCCGCGCAGCAGGCCCUCUACCCCGCACCCGGCCGGAGCCACUACGCGCUGCCCGUCCCGCAGCUCGUCCUGCCGCAGCUGACUCCUCACCCCGCGCCUCAUCUCAUGAUCCGGCAUUCACAUUUUUACUGAGCCUGCUGCCACAAAAGACUCUUUUUUUCCGACUUAGACACUUAUAAUCCCAGAAUAUGCUAUCUAAUUUGUGAGAAAAUAUGUGUACAGAAGUUGUAUAAUUACAGAGAUCUAUUUAUGAUUGAAUAAAGUUAUUCCUCUUUAUCGAA